CAAUAGAAAAUUCACUUAAUUCAAGAAAAACCCAAUUCCUUAUUAAAAUACAAUAUGUUGGCUCCCAUUAAACACCUUUUACACACCAAACGUAUAAUAUUGGCCAGUGGUUCACCACGAAGACAAGAAUUAGUAAAAUCUUUGGGUCUUAAUGCUGAACUAAUACCCUCUACAUUUGAAGAAAACUUAGAUCCGGCUAUGUUCAACGACUUCUCACAAUUUAUAGAAGCUACUGCUUUAGGAAAAGCCGAAGAGGUAUAUAAUCGCCUAAAGAAUGGUGAUAAUCCAGAGGAACUUUUAGUUAUAGCAGCAGAUACUAUGGUUACAAUGGGUUCGGAAAUAUAUGGAAAACCAAAAAAUUCAGAAGAGGCCGUUCGCAUGUUAACUAAUCUAUCAGGCAAAAGCAAUCGUGUGUUCACUGGCGUAGUGUUAAAACAUUCCAAAGGUGUACGUUCCUUUACCGACACGGCUGAUGUGUAUUUUGGUGAUCUUUCAAAAGAACAAAUACAAGAUUAUGUAGAUUCCGGAGAUCCCUUAGACAAAGCUGGUGCUUAUGGCAUACAGGGAGCUGGAGGUGCUUUAAUAUCCCGUAUUGAUGGCGAUUUUUAUUGUGUUAUGGGUUUGCCUUUACAUCGUUUGUGCUGUGAACUUAAUAAAGUUUUUCUAGAUGAGGCGUAAUUGUUUUAUUUAGUGUAUGGUUUAUUGAAUUUAUGUUAUUUUAUAUUUAUUUAUUUUGA